AAUAAUACAGCUUCACAAUUUACUUCAUUAUCUUUCCUCUCUAAGUUUUCUCUAUCGAAUAGGUGAUUUUUUCUAUACUUUUGAAUUUUUGAUACACGUUCAUUCAGACUUUAAACCAGGGUUUUGAUUCUACUAUGGGAGUAGUAUGAGAAAUUCAGAUCAUUCUCUUGAGAACAACAGCAAAAGACUUCGUUCGGAUCUCCAUUUAUCCAAUUCGCGGCUUUUCGUAGUCAAACCCAAACCCACCAUCUCCAGUUCAGCAUCUAUACACAUAAACACCUUUGGUAUACCGCUAGUAUCGAAAACUACAGGUUCAUCAGUUGAUUUAAUUCAUCUCCAACCGACCCAACUUUACACGAUCGGCAGGGAUCGUCGCCUCUGUGAUUUUUCUUUGGAUCACCGGCAAGUAAGUAAGCAACACUGUCAAAUUUACUUUGAUGCAUACAAUAAGAAAGUAUUUGUUGUAGAUGGAGUUUCGUUUUUAAGCUCCGAAGAGUUUUCUAAAGUUAGGGUUUCUCUAAAUGGGGUUUUCGUCGACGGUGCUAGAGUUGGAAAUGGAGAAAUUAAAGAAGUCAGCGCCGGCAGUGUGGUUUCAUUUAUUUGUGCCAAUGAAGGUGUUUGUAGCAGUAUCCGUAUUGGGUUCUCGGUUGAAAGAAUUAUUUUCAUGGAGGAAGUUAUCCAUGGAAAUUCAUCCAACUCCAGGGACGAUUUGUUUCCUGAGAUUUUUAUCGGCAAAUCAGGUGAUAGUAAACUUGCUAAUGCGGGUCUUCUUUCGAGUAAGUGUAGAGAGAUACUCUCUAGUGACGAUCCUCUGUUGUAUAUUAGAGAAUGUUUACCCAACCCUUUCAAGUUAAGGGCUAAACACGUUAGUAGAAAUAGAGUUAAAAGAAAUUCAUGCAUUACUCCGGCUAACUUUUUAUCACAUCCUUCUUGUGUUGCACAUGAGGUCUAUUCUUGUGAGGGCUUAAACAUUAAUGAUAAUAAGCCAACCUGUUUGUCUAAAGUCGAACAUUUGAAUCUAGAUACAUCCUGUAGAAACAGCUUUAUAGCUUCAGAGAUGAAUGUUGAGCUACAACAUUGUAGUGUUAAUGGUGGGCAUUUACAACAACCAGUAAAUGCCAGAUUCCCUUUAGGGGAAUGCAUUUCUAACAAUAAAGCUAGUGACAUUUAUACUUGUGAAGAGAUAAUCAUUCAAUCUGAGCAGAAGAAGAAAGGUGUUUGUGCUCCUCCGCCAGGGAAUAAAUUCUACUUAAACCGCCUUCAUUUUAUGGGUGAUGAUCAAUUAAGUGAGGUUAAUGUCACAUUACCAGAGCUUCUUCAUCCUGUUGAAACCCUUGAACGUGUUUUCAUUGCAACAUUCACAAGUGAUUUAUCAUGGUUUUUAUCUUACUGUGAGAUUCCUGCCCAGCUGCCAAUUUCAAUCGCGUGCCAUAAUUCCGGGAGGUGUUGGAGUUCAAGCACUGACAAAAGAACCCUCAAACCUUACUCUGAUUUUCCAAACUUAGUUGUUAUAUACCCUCAAUUUCCUGAGGUUAUAUCCUUCAGUAAAGACCGAAAGAAAUUCGGCAUCGCUUGUCAUCAUCCUAAAUUAUUUGUUCUACAAAGAGAUGAUAGUAUGCGUGUAAUCAUCACUUCCGCCAAUCUCGUGGCCAAACAGUGGCUACGAGUGACAAAUACUGUUUGGUGGCAAGAUUUCCCUCGUGGGAAUGUGCCUGAUUAUAAGUCUCUCUUUUGUCAAUCAUCUUCUGAAGAAGUAAAUCAAGAUUCAAAAUCUGAUUUUGCUGCUCAACUUGCUGGAUUCAUGGCAACUUUGUUAGUUGGUGCUCCUGAUCAAGCCCAAUGGAUAUUGGAAUUAGCUAAGUUUGAUUUCAGCAAUGCUGCUGGACAUUUGGUUGCAUCUGUACCUGGGAUUUAUUCCCCAAAGCAUCCAUACAUAUCUGAAUCCCUUCAUUAUUUAACUGGUGAUUAUUGUAUGUCAAGAACUCUAAGAUGCAUGUUACUUGGUUCUGUUGAAGCUUCUGUUGUUGGUAUUAGCCACCUUUAUCAAACAUCAGCAGAUUCAAAUGGAACAUUGCUAAAAAAGUUGGCUAGUGCCCUUCAAAAGCGCCAUGUCAGCGCAUAUGGUAUGGUGGAAGUCAUUUUAAGGAGAAAUGUGAAUAUAGCAGCUGAUUCAAAUGCUGUAAGUGUUGCUGUAUCUGAGUCGGAUAAGGGAGGUUGUAUUCAAAUCGGGUUUUUACCUAGAGAUGUUGCAAAAUGGGUCGCUCCGUUAUCGGAUGCGGGCUGGUUUGCCUUUUCUGCAUAUGUUUAUCCAAAACAAGUGCUUGCAUGUGCUUUGGAAGGGAGCAAUAAUAAAGUACACUUGAUUCUAUAUGUGUAUCAGGGUCCUAAGUUUCUAAAUAUAUCAAAUAUAGAAUCACCAGCUCUUGCUUCUGCAAUAUGCUCUCUUGUUGCAUCAUUUCAGAGGUGUUCUGGCCUGUGGCGACUUCAUGAGAUUUUGGGUCACUACAAAUGGCCUGAGCACUGCGAGACUGACUUUACUUUUGGUGCUUCAUCGGUGGGGUCCAUCAAUGCGCAAUUUUUAGCAGCAUUUUCAGCUGCAACUGGAAAGCGGUGUUUGCAGUUAUCUGAAACAGAAGAAACGGAUCCAGAUUGGGGCUGUUGGAGUGCUAGUCAAGAGUUGAGAAAUCCAUCUAUCAGAAUCAUUUUUCCCACUAUUGAGAGGGUAAAAAUGUCAAGUUGUGGACUUUUGGCUUCAAAAUACAUCCUGUGUUUCACACAAAAAAGUUGGGAUAGGUUGAGACAUUUGGGUAUACUUGACGAUGUGGUUCCUGAUCAUGUUGAUAGAGUCGGGCAUCCUAUGCAUGUUAAGGUAGGAAGGAGACGAUUCCACGCGAAGGGUUGUUCAUUUGGUUGGGUUUAUUCGGGUUCACACAAUUUUAGUGCAGCCGCUUGGGGUCGUCCACUUCAGAGUUCACAUGAUGAUACGGGAUUGAGAAGCAAAUCCGUAAUAGGGUCCAGACUCCAUAUCUGUAACUACGAAUUUGGUAUCGUCUUCAUUGUGCCCCCACCAUCAGAAUCAGAAUCAGACGAUAAUAAGGUUGAAAAAAACUUGGAUGAUAUCACUUUGCCAUUUGCUGUACCAGCCCCGAGAUACAGAUCCAUGGAUACACCUGCAACAAAGCUUGCCAUGAGCAAGGCGUAUGCGGAGCUUUGUAAGCAGGAACGACUGAAAAUCAUAGAAACUCUAGAUACCGAAGAAGAGAUAGAAGAUGAGGAGGAGGAGGAAAUCCCGAAUGUUGUUAUUGAGGAGAAGGACGAUGAUAAGGCGUAUGCCGAUAAGCUUUGGUGUUCGUAGUGAAUCCAAGCUUUUGGCCAUGUCACCGCUUUUUAGAUCAACAGGUACCGAAGCUAAUUUCGGAAAGAUGGAGUGUGGUUGAGUCUGGUCUCGCAGUUGUUUCCUGUGUUAUUGGAGAGGGUCGGAUUUGAACGUCAAGUGAGGCAGCCGCUGUGAUGAUUCUUCAUUUUUUUUUCUUCACAAG